UGUCUUUCUCUGUCAAAUAUCGUUUAUCCACUCAUUCAACGUUCCCAUGUCUUCUGCAUUACGCCUCCAGGAUAAAGUCGCCAUUGUUACUGGCGCAUCCUCUGGACUUGGGAGGGCAAUUUCGCUGCGAUAUGCUCGCGAAGGGGCCAAAGUGGUCUGUGCCGACCUCUCUGCUACAGCGCGCUCUCAAGUCACCGAAGAGUUGGACCUCACAACGCACGAUCUGAUCACUCGAGAUGGAGGCCAUGCAAUUUUUGUCCAAACCGACGUUGGCGAUGCGGGCCAAAUGAAAAGCCUAGUUCAAGUUGCAGUGGACAGACUUGGUCGACUAGACAUUUUAGUCAACAAUGCCGGCGUAGCGCUGGAAGCCAGAACACCAGCGGUGUGCCAUUUGACAGACGAGGAUGUCUGGGACACUACAAUGCGCGUCAAUGUCAAGUCAGUCUUUUUGGGUUGUAAGUAUGCCACUGCCCAGAUGUUGAAGCAGCCCCCGCAUGCCUCCGGAGACCGUGGCUGGAUAAUCAACAUGUCUUCAAUCAUGGGUAUCGUGGCUGGGCUUGAUAAUCCGUCUUACUGCGCGUCGAAAGGUGCUGUCAGCAACCUGACCAAACAAGUCGCGCUGGACUACGCACCUCAUCGUAUCCAUGUCAAUGCCAUCUGCCCCGGCUAUACACAAACAGCCAUUUUCAAGGAGACAACCUCUUACAUGACCCCAUGGGAUGACCUUAAGCGGAGACACCCAUUCAACGGACCUGGAUGGCCGGAUGAUAUUGCUAGGCUCGCUGUUGUACUAGCUAGUGAUGAUGCCAAUUGGGUCACUGGUAUUCUCCUCCCUGUGGACGGUGGAUAUACUGCUCGGUAAACCGUUUGGGCUUCAAGCAGCUUCGCGGGUUGCGCUUGAGUUGAGAGGGAUUCGAAUUAUUUAACCACGAUUAUUAAAGCUGUUAGCACAUAUAAUGAUGCUUUUCGUAAAGACAAUACGAUAGUAAUGCCGGGUUUACAAAUUGAGCUAUAGCUGG